AUGGAUUCAGACUGCCAAAAGGAACUCACCUGCUUUGUCUGUUUGAACUACCUUACAGACCCCAUCACCAUAGACUGUGGACACAGUUUCUGUAGGCACUGUCUAAACCUUAUAUGGGAAAAAGGCACAACUGCCCAUUGCCCCAUUUGCAAGGAAAAAACAGUGCAGACAGAGCUCAAAACUAAUAUUCUAGUGAAGAAUCUUGUGUUCCUUGCCAGACAAGCCCAUCUCCGGCAGUUCUUGUGUUCCCAGGAACAGAUGUGUGGGACACACAAGGAGACAAAGACAAUCUUCUGUGAAGUCAGUAGGAACCUGUUCUGUGUGCUCUGCUCUAACAUUCAGGAGCAUGAGAGUCACACACAUUAUUCCAUAGAAUAUGCUAUUGAAGAUUACCAGGAGAAGCUCUUAAGGCAAAUGAGAUCAAUAUGGAAAAAGAUUCAAGAAAAUGAAAUAAAUCUAAAGAAAGAGAGCCAAAUUACCAAAGACUGGAGAUGCUUUGUGGAUGUUAGUUCAUACAUGUUCACCUGUGUACAUCGGACAUUUCCUCCAAUUCUCUUUGAUGAAAGCCAGCAUCUAAAAGUACUGGAAAGUGAAGGCAAAAAUAGUUAUAAACAACUCAUAAAAAGUGAAGCCGCAAUGGAGCAAAAGAAAAAGGACUUAAGAGAAAUGUAUGAGGACCUGAUGACUAUGUGCCAUAAAUCAGAUGUGGAGCUGCUUAAGAGUUUCGAAGACUUAUUGACAAGGAGUGAGUUCGUGCAGCAGCACAUGCCCCAGCCUGUGAACCCAGCUCUCAAUGCAAGACCCAUACCUGGACUGAUAGAGAAAGUCAAACAAUUUCAAGUGAAUAUUUUAUUUGAGUAUGAAACAUGCAGUAAGAACUGUAUGCUGUUUGAGGACGUGAGACAUAGAUCUGAUCUUCAAGAUGUGCCUUUUCACUCUAGUAGAUCUAACUGCUUUCCUGCUUGGGAAGCCCAGGAAUUCACUUCUGGAAAACAUUACUGGGAGAUAGAUGUGAACAAUUCUUAUGCGGUAUCUGAACUUAUUCCCUUGACCCAGCAUGCCUUUCACCCAAUUGCACCAAACCUACUUUAA